CCCAGACAAUUCUCAGAGCUUCUUUUUUUCAGCCAGACACCACAGCAGCACUACCAAACAUGCUCAGCUAAGACCGUCCUUUUUAUUUUUGUUUUACAGAAUUUGUCUUCGAAAGAUUUUGACAAAAUGUCAAGAUAUCACAAAGCAGCCAUUGAUGGCUAUCUCGAACUUCUGAAAGAAGCAACCACGCAAGAUCUCAACACUCCAGACGAAGAUGGAAUGACACCAACAUUAUGGGCUGCCUACCAUGGAAAUUUAGAGGCUUUACAACUAAUUUGCAGUAGGAGGGGAGAUCCCGACAGAAGUGACAUUUGGGGUAACACUCCACUCCACCAUGCUGCCUCCAAUGGUCACCUGAGAAUCGUCAGCUUCCUGGUGAGCUUUGGCGCUAACAUCUUCGCCAUGGACAAUGAUUUGCACACGCCCUUGGAUGUGGCAGCCUCACGAGACAACAUGGAGUGCGUGCGCUUCCUUGACAGCGCAGCCUCCCAACAGACCGGCAAAAAUGCCAAAAAGGUUGAGGCUCUGAAGAAACGUGCCACCAAGGAGGCUCAGGAGCGUGUGAAGAGAUGUGAGAAGGUGAAGAAGAAGCACCAAAACAAGAUGGACAAGCGGUACCGUGACAGCAUUGUGCCAGAAACCAGCGCAGCUUCAUUUAGCAACACGGGCACCAUCAAUAGUGUGAACGAUCAAUUCUCCAAACUCAUAGCUGCAGAUAAGUCAGGCUCUCUCAGCUCAAGAGUCAAAGGAACCCUUCAGCGAAAGUUUGGGAAGAAAGACACGGUCUCAGGGAUGGUGGAGAGGCAGGGGGACAGCAAUGUGAUCUUCAUCAAACAGAACGGUUCCACGGAGAAGCCGGAAUUCGUUGGCAUGUUCAACGAGGAGGAUGAGGACGACGCGGAUGGGAGUGGAAUCGGAGAUCCUGACGAGAACGAGGUUGAUGAUGAAGUGCAUGAGUCCAUCUUCCAAAGGCCAGGUCUGGGCAAAAUGGUGUUCCGCAAGAACUUUUCCAUGGAGAUGGGGGUGGAGCCAGAGGACCUCCCCAGUGGAGACAUGGGGGAGGACAUGGCAUCUCUGAUCCAUAGGGAAGUGCUUGAGGCAGAGGAAGAUGAUAGUGGUGGUUUUGCGGGAGAGGGAAGUGUCCCUUGGAACCAGGAGGAGAUCGGGCUGGAUGACCUUGAAGAGGAGACGACUCCUCUGGAUGCAUUCCUCUACUCCAUCAGCCUUAUGGACUUUGCACCCGUGUUUGCCCGUGAGAAACUCGACCUGGACGCCCUCAUGCUGUGUUCAGAUGAAGAUUUGAGGGGCAUUCGCCUCCAGCUGGGUCCCCGCAAGAAGAUCCUGGAGGCGGCGGCAAGACACAAGAAAGUUCUGGAGCACCCUGGCAUUCUGAAAGAUACCUUUCUGUGAGGUGGCAUAGGGGACAAAGCAAAGCACUGAACUGAAUAGUAAAAUCAUGCUUCAGUAGGAAGGGCAGACAUUCAUGGCCUGUUAGCAGCUUUAAAAACUAAACUAAACUGCAGCUUUUAUUCAUGUUUUCUGAUGUUAAAUGUAUAAGCGGUUGGACAUGUGGGGUGAUUAUGGGACCAUGAGGGGUUUUACUGUCUUGAGAGUGACUUGGGUGAUUGCCUUUAUGACAAAACAACAAUAAAACAAAAAUAAUAAUGACGAAUUUUUUUUUUAUAUGUAUAUCCAUAAAGGAUGAAAACCAAAAAUACAAUUCAUCUCUAUUCCAUAUCAUUACAGUUUAUACAAAGUUCUUGUGAGUAGUGGCUUUUUCAUCUUUUAACAGCCUUGCAAAUAAAGAAAUUGUAUGCUAA